CCCUUCAGUUUGAAGCAGAGACUGAACUGAACACACAGGAGCUUCGUCUCAUAACAGCUCGGUUUGAAGUGCUGUAGCAUCAUAAUAGCUUUGACUGCUCUCGGUCCAGGUUAAUGAAACAAAGCCGAAUAACAGAAAUGCAUCUUAAACGCGUCUUCAUUCUUCUGGUUUUGUCUGUCGUCGCUGAAUCCUGCGAUACAGAGACACAUUACAUGAAGGAUGAAAAGUGCUGUAAGAUGUGUGAGCCAGGUACGAGGUUGAAGAUAGAGAAAUGUGAAGAUCCAUUGUGUGAGGAGUGUGAAGAGGGAGAAUAUCAGGACCAUUACAACAACAUGUCUACGUGCAAACGCCAACCGUCCUGCGACCUCAACCUUUAUUUUGAGAAAGGAUCGCAAAGCAAGAUAGAAUAUUCUCCGUGUAAGUGUAUCGCUGGUCAUCACUGCGUGAACCAAGAGUGUGUUGCGUGUGCAAGAAACACAAUAUGCCAAGCGGGCGAGAAAAUUAGCAAAAGUGGCACCCAGAUGGAAGACCUGGUGUGUGAAGCUUGUCCUGCCGGGACAUUUUCCAACCAAGAAUCAGCUCUAACUUGCCAGCCUUGGACAGAAUGUUCUUCAGUAUCCGUAGAGAUCAACCCAGGCUCGCCCACAUCUGACAGAAUCUGUGGGCUGAAUAGGACACUUCUGAUAGUCACACCUGUAGUUGUUAUUGCAGUUCUGGUUAUUAUUGGACUUUUUGCCUGCAUUUACAUAAAAGGCAGAACAGGAUCUAUAUCCUUCGUGCGAAAGUUACAGGCAUAUUGUGUUCGGGGCAACAAACUUAUCCUUACACCUAUUGACGACAUCGUACAUGUUGAAAAUGCACCAGAGCAGCAGCCACGCAAUCAGCCACAGGAGGACACUGAGGACCUUUUAAAACCCGACCCUUCUUUAGUCCCAGGCAUCUCUGAAAAUGGAAUGCCUGUCAUUCAGGACCAUAGUAAAUCCUUCCUUAUUUCUGAGACAGAAACAGAGCCAGAAAGCAUUUCAGUCCAUUUCUAAUAAAGUUCUACUCAGUAAUACAUAUUGGAAAUUGGUUAUGAAGCUUCCCCUGCAUUAGUAUAGUUAUGCAAAGACUGCUAAAUGGUUGUCCACUGCUCUUGACAUGUAAAUGCUUUGUAAUGAUGUAGCAUGCAGUAACACAUUUGCAAACAGCUUGUAAAAUUUCUCCAUGUAUUUCAGCUGCUCCCAUGGAUCAGAGUUGCACUAUUUUUAUGUUUACUUCGUAAAAUUUCUGUAAAUAUUCGUUUUAUCCGUUUUAUUUUUUAUUUUGCAAAAGGAACAAUUGUUUGUUUCAUUGUAGAUAAACAAACAAAAAGUGUGUGUGUGUGUGUGUGUGUGUGUGUGUGUGUGUGUGUGUGUGUGUGUGUGUGUGUGUGUGCGCGCGUGUGUGUUUGUUCACUGUACAGAUUGUUGUAAACUAUGUGAAUUGUCCACAUGAGGGCGCUGUUCUCAAUCACACUAAUACUGCAUGGUGUGGAACUAAAUGUGCUUUAUUCAAUAAUGAAACUGUACAUUUAGAGCAGUAAACUUCAAUAAACCAAUCUAACUUC